AUGCUCUCACGUGUUGCUGCAGUCAAGGCACCCCGCACACACAACCGUCGCCGCGUGACCGGAUCCAGCGGGAGGAGGAGGGAAGGAAGAGAGAGUGAGCCGCAGAGGUCCAACAUGUCCCGGCAUCUCUUUUACUCUGCGGUGCUGCUCCUCCUCGUCGUGAUGAUGUGCUGUGACACUGGUGCAGCUGCGGAAGAUGAGACGGCGUCAUGCCCGGAAUCUUCAAAUGGGAAACGUUUUGUUUGGAGAGAUUUGAAAGUUGAAGAAACGGUGAGUUUGCUCCGUGUUCCAAGUCUUGUUGAAAUGAAUGGUGACGUGUUUGCCGUUGCCGAGGCGAAGGACACGAAGAGGGAAGAAGGCAGUUUUACUGGUAUUUCCUCGGAACUUCUGGAGUGGACUGGUGAACAAGCAAGCAAGGAGUUGGAUAAAACUAAACUGAAUACACAAUUACUGGAGAAAUUUUCUUCCGAUAAAGGCAAGUGUGCCUCUCAAAUCGCUGCUCAGGCUAGUUUCGAACGCGAGAAGAGAGUAGAUGUGGCCCGACCAACAACAGUCGUGAAGGGAAGUGAGAUUUACAUGCUUGCUGGAAUCUACAACCUUGAUGAUGCCGAUAAUACUUCGGCUUAUUGGGGACUUUUGCUGUCGAGAGGGAACGUCAGUAUUGAUGAGGAGAGUAAAAAACGAAUUCAUUGGAAUCAUAUUGACGCUCUCCAGAGCAUUUCUAACAUGCAACAACAAGAAUCUUUGACAGAUUUGAUUGGAGGCGGUGGAUCGGGCGUUAAGAUGGAUGACGGUACGCUUGUGUUCCCAGUGGAAGGCAUUAAGUCCAAUGUCGCAGCUGGAGGAACAAACACCGUUUCACUGGUCAUAUACUCCUCGGGUAAUGAGGGUUGGAAGCUGUCGAAGGGGAUUUCUGACGGUGGCUGCAGUGAUCCCUCCGUCGUGGAGUGGAAGGACAAACUCAUGAUGAUGACAGCGUGUGAUGAUGGCCGCCGCAGGGUGUACGAGUCCGGCGACAAGGGGGAUUCGUGGACGGAGGCACUCGGGACACUCUCGCGCGUGUGGGGCAACAAACACACGGGACCUGAGAAGGGCGUUGGGAGCGGGUUCAUCACAGCGACUGUUGGAGAAGAUAAUAAAAAAGUGAUGCUCGUCACUCUGCCAGUGUAUGCCAAGAACGGAGAAGGAAAAGGUCAUGAAAAGAAUGAAAACGGUAAACUCCAUCUCUGGCUGACGGACAAUACGCACAUUGUUGAUAUUGGGCCGGUAUCUGAGAAGGAUGAUGACGUUUCCGCCAGCUCCCUGUUGUACAAAAGUGGUAAAGAUAAGAAUGAUGAGUUGAUUGCACUGUACGAGGAGGAGAGCGGUGAUAAGGACGCGUCACUCGGUAUGGUCUCUGUGCGUCUGACUGAGCAGCUGAAGCGGGUGAAGGACGUGCUGGCGACCUGGAAGGAAGUGGACGAACGUGUCUCCAAACUGUGCCCUUCUGGGAGUCCUGAGAAGAGUGCCUCACCUGACGAUGCCUGCAGCGCUGCCAUGCCGACGGCUGGGCUGGUUGGCUUUUUGUCCGGCAACUUCUCUGAUAAGACAUGGAGGGACGAGUACCUCGGGGUGAACGCCACGGUAAAGGGGAAUGAUGGCGGUGCAGCAGCGGCCACAGUGGAUUCGGAUAACGGCGUGAAGUUCCAGGGAGCGUGGGCGGAGUGGCCCGUUGGCGAGCAGGGGGAGAAUCAGCUGUACCACUUUGCGAACUACAACUUCACUCUUUUGGCGACGGUGUCCAUCGACGGUAAGCCGAAGGAAGAUAAUCCUAUUCCUUUGAUGGGUGUGAUGAUGAAUGGCGAUGAAAAAAAAACCAAACUUAUGGAGUUGUCAUACGACAGCGAAAAGAAGUGGCAGUUGCUGUGUGGUGACGAAACCCCUAAGGAACACAGCAACACUUGGGAGAAAGAGAAAACUCAGCACGUGGUGCUUUUGAUACGGAACGGCAACCAGGUCACCGCGUACGUCGAUGGUAAGCAAGUGGGUGAGGAUGUGCCACGUGAAUUGGAAAAUACAGAUUCGAAAGGGAUCUCCCACUUCUACAUUGGAGGGGAUGGAGGCAGCACAGACAACACAGAAAGCCGAGAAGGCGUGUCUGUGACUGUGAAGAACGUCCUGCUGUACAACCGCCCGUUGAGCUCUGAAGAGAUUGGCGCCAUCGACCCGAAUAAAGACUCCACUCCAUCUUUGGAAGAGAAUCCGUUGGAGACUUCAACAGUUUCUUCUGCUUCCAUUAUACCUCCCAGUCCUCCGGUGACCCCGAAUGCUCAGAAAACCGAAACUUCGUCCACUCCUGCCGAAACACAGCUGACAGAACAGGGACAGUCGAUGGGGAGCAGUAAAGAUGCGGGCAGUGGCGGUGCAUCCGCAUCAGCGGUGUCCACUGUCAGCACUUCCUCAGCAGAAGAGGAGUCCGUAGUGCAGGUGACGUCAGGAGCAUCUCCCGAUGGAACUCAAACUGUGGGUGGCGGUUCUACUGCUGAUGGCGAACCAACGAUGGAGACAAGAGAAGGAGGAACGAAUGGGCAGGAGGAGGAGGUUAAUACACACGACAGGGAAGUGAAUGCCACAGCACUCAGCAGCAGCCUCGGAAAUGUGCCGCAGGGGAAUAACAGCGACGCUGGCACUGUGCGUGAGAGCGGACUGCUGCCGUCGCUGCUGCUUCUGUUGGGACUGUGGGGGUUUGCGGCUCUGUGA